CCCCCCUCCCGGCACACAGGCAGGCCGGGGCGGGGGGCCCCCGAGGCCGGAGCGGCCCGGGCCCCGUCGGGGCGGCCAGGGCGUGGCGAUGCCGGGUGGUGGCAGCGGCGUCCCGGGCCGGGGCCCGUGACCAUGGGCAUCGCAGAGUCCACGCCGGACGAGCUGCCGUCGGACGCCGAGGAGCAGCUGCGCAGCGGCGAGCAGCAGCUGGAGCUGAGCGGGCGGCGGUUGCGGCGGCUGCCUAGCGCCGUGUGCGCAUUGAGCCGCUUGCAGAAGCUGUAUGUGAGCGGCACCGGGCUGCGCGAGCUUCCCGAGGAGAUCGAGGAGCUGCGCGAGCUGCGCAUCCUGGCGCUCGACUUCAACAAGCUGGAGCGCCUGCCCGACGGCCUGUGUCGCCUACCGCGCCUCACGCGCCUCUACCUGGGCGGCAACCGUCUGCUGGCGCUGCCACCCGACUUUGCGCAGCUGCAGAGCCUGCGCUGCCUCUGGAUCGAAGGCAACUUCCUGCGGCGCUUUCCGCGGCCGUUGUUGCGCCUGGUGGCGCUGCAAUCGCUGCAGAUGGGCGACAACCGGCUGCGCGCGCUGCCCGCCGAGCUGCCGCGCAUGACCGGCUUGCGUGGCCUCUGGCUCUACGGCAAUCGCUUCGAAGAGUUCCCGCCCGCGCUGUUGCGCAUGGGCCGGCUGCACAUCCUAGACCUCGACCGCAACCGCCUGGGCGGCUUCCCCGACCUGCACCCGCUUCGUGCGCUCCGAGUUUUCUCCUACGACCACAACCCAGUCACUGGACCCCCGCGGGUGGCAGACACCGUUUUCCUAGUGGGCGAGGGAGCCGUCGAGCGCAUGGCUGAGCGCGACGAACCCAUUCCGCGGCAGCCAGCCCGGCGUCCAACCCGGGCCUUUGAUGAUGAGGAGGAAGAAGACCUACUCAUAGGAGGCGCAGGACCCAGGGCUCUGGGGCCCACCAGGGACAGCCUCCGAGCCUUGGAAGCUCCUCCAGGAUUGGGCACCUGAGCCUCUUCCCUGAGUGAUGGGUUGGCUACUCUGGAAGAAGGGACUCUGCGAGGUUGUGGUUGUUUGGAUAUACGGUGUUGCUGGGCCUCUUACUUGGGGCAGUGAAGGAGCAUCAUUGAAUGAGCUGCCCGGCACAGGCAGGCCUGAGGCCAUCUUCAGACAGUACUAGGCAGUAAGAAAGAGUCCCUGGGCUGACCUCUGGGCAGUUUUCAGACCAAGAAGUCUGGGAUAGAGCCACUGAUGGCACGACAGAUGAACCGGUUCUCACCUGGAACCAGGGCCAUCACUUAUCCGUAGAAUCAUCCCUACUCUGACUCUGGAUGUCAGGGCAUCUAUAACUUUCACUUGGGGUUUGGAUCGCCUAGGCCUACCCUAGGAGACUGUAUGGGGCAAACUCUCCAUGUGUGUGUGUGUGUGUGUGUGUGUGUGUGUGUGUGUGUGUGUGUGUGUGUGUGUUGGGGGUGGGGCCGGGGGAGUUCUGGCCAGAGGCAGGGCAUAGGGACUAUGUCCAAGACAGAAGUAGACAUAGACUGGGGCCCCAGUUCUCCACCCUGAUAGCUGUAUGUAUGGUACACAGAAGAGAAAGGUCUCCACCCAUCUUUCCUCCGGAUCUUUUCUCUCAGCCUGUGCUGCACUAUUGCCGGGCAAAGAGAGAUCUUUCCUCUCCUGCAGCCUGUGCCCUCAGUUAUCAAGUGUGAGAAGAUGCCACUGUGCCUCUAGGGCCUCCUGCCCCAAGAGAGAGGGGCUCUGCACUCUAGGAGGUUGCUCAGGGCCUCUGUACUGCCUGCACUCUCCAUUUCCUUACAUGGGCACAGCCAGGGUGGCUGGCACGGCAUGGGGCACUGGACAGGCACCAUGUGCCUCUACUCCGUCACCAGGGACAGCCUCUGAAGGGCUGAGGAGACAAGCUCUGCUAUUCCCAGGGCCAGAUCCAAGCAAUAAUAGGAGGUGAGGGCCAGAGGACACUCAGGGACACUGUCAGGGGCUGGAGCCCCAGAAGGUAGUGUUUUCUUUAGGAAGAAAAAAAAAACCUUGUAAACAUAAAUUUUAUUUCUUGGAGAAAGAA